CCGGGCGCCGGGAAAUGGGCGGGAAGGCCGCGCGGCGCGAGCCUGCGGCCCCUUCCAAUCAAUGCCGCCCGUCGCCCGCUCGCGGCUCCCCAUUGGCCUUCUCUCUCCGGAGGCGGGGAGAAGGGGCCGGGCGUCUGCCUGCCUCUUGGCCAAUCGCCGGGCCCACCGCGCGCGCCCCUGGUUGCCCUGGAAACCCAACAGCCUGCGUCUGGGAUGAGCCGCGCCGACUGAGCUGGGGGGAGAUGGACGGCAGCUCCGAGCACCGUGGGGACCCCGAGGGGGAAGACGGAGAUGUGGCGAACCUGUCCUCCAAGCUGUCCGGAAUCAAGGCCAUCUCUGGCCCCCACUCCCCGGCCGAACCGCCGGAGCCGGAGCCGGGGACCGUAGAGGCUUCGGAGGCAGGCUCCGCCGAGGACGAGCCCGCCGAGCCUGCCGAGCCCGCCGAGCCCCCGGAAGCGCCGGCGGCCACGGAGGCUGUGGACAAGGCGGGACCCGGGGAGCCGGCCGACGCCGCGCCUGAGGAGACAGCCCAGCCGUGGCCCGAAGGCGGGUCCGCGGAACCCGAGGAGAGGGCGGAGGAGGAGAGGAAGGAGGCGGAGGAGCAGGAGGCGGAGGAGGAGAGGGAGGAGGAGGCCGCGGCAGCGGCGGUCAAGCGGAGAAGGAAGGAAGCCCCCUCGGCGGUCUCUGCGCGGCUGUCCACCACCGGCCAGGAAGAGGCUUGGCCAGCCCGGGAAGCUGAGCGGGAAGAGGGGAAAGAGGAGGAGGAGAAGGAGAGCGAGGAAAUCAAAGAGAGAGGUGUGCAAGGAAGCCCGGUGAAAGGCAAGGAAAAGGAGGAAGGUCAGAGACUGGACGAGGAGGACGACGAAUGGACCGAGGAGACGCAGAAGCUGCAGGAGCAGCAGCUGCGCGCUGAGCUCCUGGAACAGCACCGGGCGCUGGUGGCAGAACGCGGCACCUACCAGCGUUACAACAUCUACCUGCAGCACAAGAUCUCAGAGGCGCUGCGCAAGAAGAAGGGCCUGGAUGCCGCCGACGUGCCCGACAGGGGCAUGGAGUCCGAGGCCCCAGAGAAAGAGCAGGCCUACCUCCAGCAUCUGGCCUUGCUGGAGGAGCUGAGGAAGCAAGAGGCAGACGACCUGGAGUGGUAUCACCAGGAGCUGGCGCAGCUCAAGGAGCAGUGCCGGGAGGUACUCUCCCGGGUGGAGAAGGAAUGGGCAGACUUCCAGGCACUCAAGAAGCAGGUGGUGAUGCAGGCCAUGGGCAGCUGUCGGAUGCGCGGCGGUCGCCAGGCCGCUCUGCGAGAAGUGGAGCAGAUCCAGGCGCUGGAGGAUAAGAAGGAGAAGGAGAUGAGUGCCGUGAGGCUAGAGAACGUGCAGCUAAAGCAGAGCUUGGUGCAUUUUGAAACUCGGCUGAGGGCCCAGGAGGACCUGACGGAGGGGCUGCUGCUCAUCGACUUUGAACAGCUGAAGAUUGAGAACCAGACGUUCAAUGAAAAAGUGGAGGAGCGAAACGAGAAACUCUUAAAACUGCACAACAAGGUGACCAACAACGUGCAAAUAAUAACCCACGUGAAGGAGAAGUUACACUUUGUGGACAUGGAAAACGUGUGCAAGAAGACCCGGCUUUUGGAAAUUGAGGCUCAGGUGGCCCUGAGGAGGGACAUCUUGACCAGGACUAAGCAGGCCCGGGACAGACUGCGGGCUGACAACAUCAAGCUGAAUCAGAGGUCUGGGCUUCGAGGCAAGGAGCUACUCCUCCGGGACAUGGAAGAGAAGGCGGACAGGACGGAAGGGCUCCAGCAGCACAUCAAGUCCUUGGAGCGCCACCACGCUGGGCUUGCCAUGUCCUGCAGAGGCGUGAAACAGAAGCUCAGGGAGGCCAAAGCCUUCCUCCCGCCCUGACACCCAGGACGGGAAGAGGCCGUGGGACGUCCCCAACCUCAGCCGCUUGUGUCCUCCGUUAACUUUUAUCCUCCACUUGCGGCCGUUCUUUAAAAGGCCUGCGAUAUCGGGGAUGAAGCUGUAUUUUGUAUUAAUCUCAUCAUGUUCAGCUCCUGAAUUAGUCCCGAGCAGAACUGGGUUCGCCAUCAGUUUUACACGGGGUGAAGUAAAAUAGGUCCAGAGAAACAGCCCUGAUGAGUUAAUACAUUAGAGGCCGUCAGAAGCCUUGUUGCAUGUGAGCAAUUCCAUAAUUUCAGUGACCCGACCCUGAGGAAAACCGUGCCUCUUCAUACCUCAGCGGGUUCAACAAACGGGUGGGGGACCAAGAAAUGUCCUGUGCAUUAAGCUCAUUAUUAAAUCCCCUUCGAACGUAUUAAACUGUGUGGUUCUGAGUCACAUCCUCAACUCAAAGCUCAGCCAUUUCCUUCGGUGAAUCCAAACUUGUUGUGUCAGUAAGUAGCCCUGCCGUCUGGCUGAUAAACAAGCUGAGGGAAACAGGAGAAAUGCUAAGGAGGAAAAGGGGCUGAGGUUCUGUCCUCUUUCCUUUUUCCAUGAGAGAAGGCUCGGUCUGCUUGACCGUUAACAUUUGCUUCUGGCUUUCUAACGAAACAUUUUCUGGGAUCCUCUAAAGAAACACACUGGGGCGCCUGGCAGCCCAGAUGGUGAAGCGUUUGCCUUCCGGCCCUGGUCAUGACCCCCAGGGGUCUGGGAUCGAGCCUCACAUCCCGCUCCCAGCUCAGCAGGGAGUCUGCUCUUGCCUCUCCCAGUGCUUGUGCUGUGUCUCUCUCGCAAAUGAAUAAAUAAAAUCUUUUUUUAAAACCGCAUUUAUCUAUACAAAACCAUGAAAUUUUGUUUUCCAGCGAAGACAAAAUGAUGAUUGUAGUGUUGUUUGGCCAGCUGCAAAAUAUGCGGAGUGGUCUUUUGUUCUCAGCAAGAUAUUUUUGGAUCUUGGCAAGAGGACAGUUACUAUGCACCUGAAUUUACUCUGUACCAAAUAUUAAAGUGUCUAGUAUUCCUUGUGCUAAUGGAGGAAACACCUGGUGGGUCUAGCUCUUUCCUCCAGAACCAGUGAUUCCAUUUCCGGUUUUUGGCGCUUCUGGGGCUAGGGGCUUGGUUUUACCUCCUCUUCCUUUUAAAUUGAGUUUUGAGAUGUGCAGAUUUGGGAUCAGGGUACUCUCCCAUCCCUAGACUGAAGGAGGUCGUGAGGAUGAGCUAGUUUUGGGUGCCGAAUGCCUGUAAAGAAAGGUAGAAACCCCCUCCAGGCAGAUGACUCCAUUCGUGGUGAGAAGGUCCCAAUGACCUUAACUUUUGGGGGUGCGA